ACAUUAAUUUAAUAGAAACGUACGUCUGAAAAAUUACUUGCCGUCUAUCUCAAAACUAUAUAUACAUAUAUAUGUGAAAAGUAUUACAAUACAAAAAAAUAAGCAAAAAGCAAAGCAAAAGUGAAUUUAUAAUUAUAAUUUUCUUAAAAAAAAGAAAAAAUAGAAGAGUGUAUUUUUAUUUUGUUUAUUCAAGUUAUUUCAAGAACAUCAAAUUAUUUUUUCAAUAAGAUUCAUUUGAAAUUAAAGUUGAAUAUACAAAAACAAUUGAAAAAAACUUAAAGAAAUUUUUACCAAAGGUAAAAAAUUUAAUUAAAAAUUUAAAGAAAAAAAAAGGCACAUUUGCUUUAUAAUUUAGACUGAUUUGAAUUUGGAAGGAAAAACAGAAAAAAAAAAAAAUAAAAAUUUAAAUGAUGGCUGAUCAACAAUUCUUUUUGAAAUGGAAUGAUUUUCAAACAAACAUGGUCACAUCGUUUCGACAUCUUAGAGAUGAAAAAAGUUUUACAGAUGUAACACUUGCCUGUGAAGGACAGACAUGUAAAGCUCAUAAAAUGGUAUUAUCUGCUUGCAGUCCAUAUUUCAAAUCUCUUCUCGAAGAAAAUCCAUCAAAACAUCCAAUAAUAAUAUUGAAAGAUGUAUCAUAUAUUCAUUUGCAAGCUAUUCUAGAAUUUAUGUAUGCCGGUGAAGUAAAUGUAUCUCAAGAACAAUUGCCAGCUUUUUUGAAAACAGCUGAUAGACUAAAGGUUAAAGGUUUAGCUGAGACGCCUAGUUCAAUUAAACGUGAAGGUUGAUGGUAAUCUUUUAGUAUUUUGUGACGUUCUUCUCUAUAAACUCUAAUAUAAAGAAUAAUGACUAUAAUUAAUAUAUGUAUUAUAUAUAAAAAUAUAUACAUACUUAUAAAAUUAAAAAUAUCACAACAAAAAAAAAAAAAGAA